AGAUGACGUUGGCUCCUCGAAAUCCACCCUCUUAUACCUCUGUGGAAUUUUACGGAAGUCGUAGAACGGUCGUGUUAGCUCUCGACCAUCUCCGCAACUGAAAGCAUGAUGUUUUGUUUGGUGAAAUUUACAACUCCCACGGGCUGGGCAACGCGCUCUUUCGUAUGAAGGAGCAAGCCUAGGUAAAAUAACAGCAAAAUUACUUCUCUCUGUCGUUGACGGAUACCCCUCGAUAGAGAUGGCUUCGCACAGGGCGUUCGUCCUGCUCUGGACUUCCGCGGCCGUGAACCAGAAUUCUUUGGCUCUGGGUUUGAAGUUAUCACCAGUCGCGCCGCGUCCGGAGCACAUAAGCACGCGCCAAAAUAAGACGACGAGCUCGGGGGCAGGGAUCCUUGCUAGGAAAAAGGAUAAAAGUAGCUUGCUGCAGUUCAAUAAGAAAAAAGCUACAGAUAAAAGAAGUGGCCGCAAAGAAGACCACCGAGAGCAAAAAUCGCAAUCCUCCACGACCCACAGACAGACACCCUGGAGGCCGCAGAUUGACGUAACGCCAGGCAUCGAUGACAAGAUUUGGACCUUGACCAACCCAAACACCGCGUACGACGAUGACUUCUGUCUGACCGCCGAGGAUUUCGACGGCGAGGGCGUAAACUGCGGUAAUGUCGUGACGUGGGCGGACAAUGCGCGGUCCUGGAACGGAGCGUAUUUCGGCGCGGAGGCCGAGGUUCGGGGCCUUCCGCUCGAGUUUUGCCGCACCAGAAUGACGUUUGACAUGACGAAAAACGGCGGCGCCACGCUCGAGUUCUAUCUGGACACGUCGAAAACCCAGCCGGACGUGAACGUACACGCCUACCUCGUCGCGCCGAACACGGACAAAUUCGCCGGCUGGGACAAGGAGAACCGCACCAGAGUGCCCGACUGCACGCAGCUCCCGAAGACGCACCCCGACCUGUGCACCAAGCUGGAUCUGAUCGAGAACAAUGCGAAUCGGUACUUCGACUUUGGCGAGCUGUACAUCUCGGACCACAAAGAGAAGGCUGGUGAUGCGAACGAGGGCAAGCUGUGGACGAAGGCCGCGUGGUCGAUCAGGGAAAACAAAUGGCAGCGGAAAAACGUGAAGUUCAGCAUGCAAAGCCCGGUCGAUUGCGAAUGGAACUGCGCUGGCACGUACUGGAUUAGCGUCACCGCGAGGGACAGGGACGACCAGAGCGGGCACUAUCCGCAGGCGGUGGUGGGGUGGUGCGGGAAGGAUCCUGCCGAUUUUCCGGACGUGUGCCCCUUGGAGCUGCAGGCGCGGACGGAGCCCCGAACACCAGCGCAUGAGGGUUGGUACGCACAUGUGUACGGCCCCUGGCUGCAAAGAGAGAACGCAGUCAACGGCCUGCAGCUGUACUUCAAGGUCUCCGACACGUUCGUGCCCGCGGCCGAGGGGGGCUACCGGCCGGAGCCGGACAACCGACACCGGAUUGGCCACUCCAUCACGAAAAUCGGGCCCAUCCGGAUCUCCGGCAAUGCGGUGGUCAAGAAAGGUCCGACGCCGAAGCGGUGCCGGCAGCUGCGCCCUGGUGGCGGACAAGCGCAAUCCGACGCCUCGCCCGUGGCCACUACAACAGCAAUUUCAGAUUCUAACCGGGAGCCGCUCCGUAGACCGACGCCGAAGCCGAUCCUGGCGACAAAGCCUCCCCCACCGCCCUCGACAGCAGAUGUACAGCUGGUAGCAUCUUCUGGGGUGGUGCGGAGCACGACGACAGCCAUUUCUUCGAUUUCAACCGCAAUGACACCCACUCCGACCGGAUCCGAUGGUACUACAAACGAUGUGCCACCGUCCUCACGCGGGGCCGGGAGCGCUGUGAAUUCUCCGAAUUCUCCACCAAAUGGGAUGGUAUCUUCCUCUAGAACUUCUACGAGCAACGUGUAUGGCACGGGAUGGGCGGUGCGACGCCCGGAUAGUACGGCGGCGACCGAGCAGGCGGCCGCGCUGCCGAUCUGGCUGCUGUUCCUCGUCGCCGCGCUGGCGGGCGCGAGUGUGGUGGCCGGGGUGUUUUUGUACCUCUACUGGGAAAGUUGUGCUUGUCCGUGUUGCGAUGCCGGAGAAGGUAGGCGGGACGCACGGGUAGUCCCGACGGGCGAGUACCUCCUGUCCAGCUCGCACCGCGCCGCGUCGAAGGCACCGUCACAGGGACUGAACACAACUGUCGACAGCGUCAACAUGUCCUACCACCUGUCGGCGGUACCAAAAUUGCCCACAGUCGCAGUGGCCAAGGCCGCGAACGAACAAGUGACGACCUACCAGCUGUCCCAGACCCGGGAAACGGCCCAUCCGGAGAACGCUGUCGUGCCUCCGGCCGCAGGGCGUACAUCCGCGCUCUCAUCGGGCGUGGUACCUUACACAUUGCCAGCACCCGGAGGAGCGCUAGCUGGUAGCAGCGGCAAGGCCAUCAAACAAAGCGUAGUGGUAGCGGAAAAGCAAGAGGGAGCAAAAGCGAAGCCCGAGGUACUAGAGGAGCCCAGCAGUGGCAGUGGAUCUUCGUCGUCGUCGAACAAGCGCAACAAGACGAAUAAGAAGAUGAUCAAAAGGAAGAACGAAGAGCGCAAGGCGGCACUUGCCGCGAAGGCGGCGGCGCCGCAGCUCAUGAGUAAUCUUCUCGGCGAUCUGCGAAGUGCAGCCGCGGGGAUCGAUUCCCGCACUACUGCGCACCCCGACUCCCGCGCCACUGCGCAGCCCGAUUCCCGAACGACCGCGCAGCCUGAUUCCCGAAUGACCACGCAGCCCGAUUCCCGAACGACCACGCAACCAGAGUCCGAGUUUCCAGGUUUCUUGCAUGGACCAGAAAGUAGUGAGGAGAUGAGGUGAUGGACAUCAUCGGACAUUCAUGUAGUCAACGUUCAGUUGGACUGGCACAUCCUAGUAAUGGAGGCUAAUGGGGUACCAGUUCUGCUUCUGUGUCUAUACGCAAAUCAGCUGUAGAAAUGAACUGACCUUGUGCUG